AUGAAGCAGAGAAUCGCUGCUUGGGGAAAGCGGAUUCGGCGAUAUACCCAGAGGUCCACACGGUUCAACCAGAAUCGUCUCUUCCAGAGUGAUCAGAAGAGGCUCUAUAAAUCAUUGGAGCGCCCAAUGGUAAGUGGAACGGGCCCAGUACCGAAUGAGGCCGACACAGUCGCAUUCUGGCGCAGCCUGUGGUCAGAGCCCGUAAACCACAACGACGGUCCUUGGACGGAAGUUGUGGCAAGUCAGUGGGCGGGUAUUACGCCCAUAGAACCCGUCAUCAUAACGCCGGAUGACGUAGCUGAGGCGGUCCGUAGGACCCCGAACUGGAAAAGUCCGGGGCUUGACUGGCUUCAUUACUACUGGCUGAAAGGGUUCAUGGUGUGUCAUGCUGUGCUCGCCCGACAGUUUCAAGAGGCUAUCAACCAGAAGUCGCUCCCGAGCCACUUCACUACUGGGAUCACUCAUUUGGUUCCUAAAGUUCAGGGUACCACAGACCCGAGCAAAUACCGCCCCAUCACUUGUCUACCGACCUAA